UUUAAGGCCCAGAGCAGGUGUGAGUGCUACAGGAGCACAUUUGACCUACAUUCAGCUUUUUAGGGGCAGAAGCAUGAUAAAGAGCAAUAAGAAACUAAAUUCCCAAGAUGGUGCAUCAAAUGCUAUCAGAAGUAACAAUGUCAACAAACAGGCCAAUAGCCUGGCUCUCUUCUCUCAACCAAAUACCCUUAAUAGCUUUUCAUUGUUCUUGGAAAGUUGUGUGCCCCUUGUUGCAUUGAGGCAAUUUGGGAGUCUGCCGCUUUUAGGCCCCGCCUCCCUUCAGCUGGCACAGAUAAAGACUCAGUUGGCACUGCACCAGCUGAAUGCAAUUGCUGGCACAAGUGUCCCUCCGCCUCCAAUUGCUUUCCCUGCUUUGACCUUGCUCAACUUGCUCAAGGUCACCAUGUCGCAUCCUUUAUACAAUCCCCGUGGAGGGUCGUUUCCCAGUGGUCAGAGACCCAUUGUGCCUAGCCAGUAUGGUCUUGGGUCACAGCCUCGAAUGGAGCUGGGGGCAGCCCGUCUUGGCCCGGGUUCCGUAUCCGGUGCUCGCGGGGGACUGAUGGUCAACCAGCCCAUCUCACUGGGACAGCGCCAGGCUCAGAUUUCCCCAGAUCUCGAAGCCGCAAUAGACAGGAACCUUCGGGGAGCCCGUGAGGAAGUUCGCCUUCUAACUCAAAUGCUCCAGCAACCCAAAAAAGCAGAUCCCCGCCUGAGAGAGGAUGCAAGAAAUGAAGCGCUUCCCUCCGGCAGCGGCUAUUCAGGGAAAUCGCGAUCUAAUGAAGUGGACUGGUCCUUAUACCAAGCCCCAGGCAAACUCAUUUCAUCUUCAAGUUUGGACCGCCCUUCCAGUUCUUCACAGCUGUUCCCAUCUGCAAGUUUUGUUGGAGGAUCAAGUGGUUUGGACAGCCAGCCUCCACCAGAAAAGCGGCCUUCACGCUACACCUCUGAAAGUGCCAGCAGCCUCCUAGCAAGUUUUGGACUCUCCAAUGAGGACCUAGAACUUCUGAGCCACUAUCCAGAUGAUCAGCUGACCCCCGACAACCUGCCGUUUAUUUUACGAGACAUCCGAAUGCGUAAAGCCAAGAGGGACGUUGAUGCGAGAUCUGAAUACAACAAAGUUAUUGACUAUGGACAUUCUAGAAAAGAUGACUAUCCAGAGGAGACUCCAGUUGGAUUUGCUAGUGAACGCCUGCCUAAAGAGUCACCAAAGUUGGUGAGAGAGGUCUCUGGACCACCCUUUAGUGGCAUGAACAUCACAAAGCCUCCUCAGCCGUGUCAGCCAGCUCCAGGCCCUGUGCAAGUUCCAAAGCUUCAGAAACCUCCGCCUGUAGAUCCGAGACCCUCCAAGACGAUUCCAGUGAGACCAUCUCCUUCCCAGCCUGUUCUGCAGCCUUCCAGUCGACCUCCUCUACCUCUACAGAUACCGCCUCAACUUGGUGUUCUUCCUAUGAUGACCGUUGACGAUAUCUCCAGAGGUCUGAAUCCCAACUGGAUCCCGUUCCUUUCACCUGCAAUCAGCGCGCCUGCCAUGAAGAGGCUUCCAACUCCGACCAUGAUGAACGAUUACUCGGCAGCUACACCAAGAAUCUUUCCUCAUACAUGCUCUCUAUGUAACAUUGAAUGUGUCCAGAUUAAGGACUGGCUUGAGCAUCAGAAUACAAAUCUUCACAUUGAGAGUUGUAGACGUCUUAGGAAACAAUAUCCUGACUGGAAUGUUGAGGCUGUCUCCGUUUCAAGACCUGAGCCAAAAACAGAACACAGCAGCUCAAAGCGACACACUCGAUCGCACUCAUACUCCAGAUCCCCCAGUCCGAAGCGGCACCAUGAAUCCUCAAGCCGACGUAAGCGAUCCCGUUCACGCUCCCGAUCCCGUUCUCGAUCCCGAAGCUCUAGAAGGUACCGGCGUUCUAGAAGUCACAGCCGGUCCCCCCAUAGGAAGUCUCGAAGCAGUCCUUACAGACGGAGGACCCGUAGUCCACCAUCUCAUCGGUCAAGGUCUCCAGGUUACAGUAGGCGCUCUCCUGUACGCCGUUCAAGCCCCCGCCGGAGCAGCCCAUCCUGGCAACAGAGAUCUAGCAGUAGUGAACGAUUGGCCAUGAAACUCAUUUCAUCAACUGAGUUUUCUUCAAUCGCAGACAGUAGUACUUUGAAGGCUGUUGUGAAGUCCUUGGCACCAGCCCUGCUGGCUGAGCUAGCAAAGAAGAAAAGUAGUUCCACUACUUCCUCAUCAAAGGGAAGCAGUAGCAGCAGUAGCUGGAAACGGCCGCCCUCUCCUAAGAGAGCGGAGUACUCCAAGUCAAGCAGGACUUCCACCUCAAAGUCCUCCAGCACUCCAAAGCCAAGGCCCAAGGAUGCCCCUGGCACAUCCUGUUUGUUGAGGCUUAUUGGAGUUCCUUAUGGGACUACAAGCAAAGAACUGACUGAUGCCAUUGAGCCUUUUGGCAAGAUUUAUACUGCCAUCCUUCUCAAGGCAAUUAGAGAGGCCUCAGUGUGUAUGGAGAGAGAGGAGGAUGCCAAAGCUUUGCUCAACUAUAAGAACCUGACGAUUCGUGGACAGUUUGUUAAAGUCUGCAUGGAGAAGGAUGCAAGAGAUGAUGAUGAUGGGAGAAAAUCUGUUAAGACCAAAAAACCUGUUAAGAAAAAAGAGGUGACUACAACAACAAAACCAACCCAAUCAGCAAAAGUAAAAGGCCCAGACCCAGUUAAGGCACCUCAGACAGCAAAAGCAAAAGAUGUGACAGGUUCCAAGACGUCUCAAGUAACCAAGGGAAAACCGAGCGACCCCAAAAAGACUGUUCAGACAGCUAAAGCUAAACCCCCUGCUAAGGGUUCAGAGACAGCAGUUGCAAAGAAAUUGGUGAAGAAGGAAGUACCCUGGAGAAAAAAUAUAAUUGAGAUUACAAAUCUUCCAGAGGAGGGAGUUACUGAGGAUGACCUCACCAACCUUGCUAAACCAUAUGGCUUCAUUGCAACUCCUCUCAUAGCAAUCACUCAACAAAAGGCAUAUCUGCAGAUGCCCAACACAGAGGCAGUUGAAGCGAUGGUGAAGGCCUGCUCUGAGACCCCAGCUAAAGUACAAGACAAGGAGAUCACUGUUAAGAUGAUGAUGCAACCUAUUGACCUGAAUUACACUGAGUCAGUAUUCAAAGUGCUAAUGGACAUGGAGAAAUCACCUGAAGUCAUCACAUUGCCAGAACGCCUUCUCAUUGUUGGCAAUGUGCCAAAAACACUUGGGGCAAUCAAGGAAGUAGAGACCAAAAUUAAAUGCCAUGGUACCUUCAAGAAGGUUUUGCCACUUAAUGGCAGGAUUAUUUUUGAGAUGGAGAAUGCUAAUACCGCAAGGGCUCUCUUCACUCGCUUCCUCAAGUUUCGAUGUGUGGUCCAGAACAGUGCCCUUAGCUUCCAACUAGCCAAACCAGUCAAGUUUAAAAAGAAGACUGAAGCAAAAGGAGCAAACCCUCCUGGUACAAUAAAAAAACCGAAUACCAUCAAAGCCCAAAAGGUAGUAGCUGCAAAAGCAGCUUCUGCUGCAUCUACUGCAGGUCCACCUGUCACAAAAGACAAAGCUCUAAAAACUACUGCUAGUAUUGCAGCUAAAGAAAAUGAAAUUAUUAUUAUAAGUGAUAGUGAAGUAAGUUUGAAUGAAAGUGUUGCUGAUGAAAAGAUGAAUAUUGAUACAGCUGCAACUAAAGUUACUGCAGUUCCCGAAGACAAUACAGUUGAUGGGUCUGCUAAUGCAGAAACAACUACCACUGAGAAUAAAGCAGAGAAUGAUACCCAAGCUGUUAAUGAAACUGUCAUGGAGACCCCUGAAAGCGAAUCUGUGAUAAAAGAGCAUGAAACUGCAUCCUUAGUUCCCACAGCUGAAUCUGAGAUUGUGAAUAGGAAGCUUGAAGUUGAAUCCUCCGUUUCCUCUUCAGAAUCUGCUGAUUCAGUUAAAUCUCGGAACACAGAGCCUGAAGGUGGAUCCACAGUUCUUGCUUCAGAAUCUGGAAAAACAGAGCUUGAGGUUGCAUCGGCUGUUUCCACUUCAGAGCCUGCAGUUUCAGUGGAGUCUGCAGAAGCAGAGCAUGAAUUGGCUUCCAUUUCAAUAGACUCAACUGAUCAAACAGGAGCAUUGCUUAAGAAAAACGAACAGAAUGUCCUGCAGGCUGAGGAUGUUCCCAAAGAACUGGUUCCUACAUCUGUGGAAGAAAGCAAAACUGACAAUUCAAAGUUAGAAGAAGACAAUAAAGUUGAGUCCAAGUCAGAAAUGGAGAUUGUUGCUUCAACUGUUAGCAGUGAGGAAACUGCAGUAGAGGCUAUGGAGACCCAAAGUCCAGAAGAUCCUACCAAAGGCAUUGAUAUCAAAGAUGAUGUUUUGGAAACUGACAAGCUCAAGAUUGAAGACGAGGGACAAACUAAUGACUUAAAACCAACUGAACCUUUAGAGAUAGACAUAAAUCCUCAGUCUAGUAAUGAUAAUGAACCUGCUGAAGAGAAUGUCCAUGCAGCUGUUGAAUCAGAUUCUAUUUCAACCUUUGAUCCUGUAUCUGACCUACCCUCCACUUCUGAUCAAACAGUCAGUAAUUCAUCUGUCACAGUAACAUGUGCCUCAAAAAGUCCUCAACCGGUGCUUGAGCCCAUCCAGAUUGAUGACGAUUCUCUGGACUUUCCUCCGGUUACACAGGAGAUUUUAAAGGCCCUUGAAUUAGCUGUCCAUCAAUGUCGCUUACAGUCUUCACUAAAACGAGCUGAAGAAGAAGCCAGACAGAAUGCAGAAAUGGAGAAAAAAGUUGCAGAGAAGAAAACCGCAAAAGGUCCGUCAAGCUCAAAGAAGCCUGCCCAAGCAACCAAGAAGACCACUCAAGCUGAGAGUAAAAAGAUUCAGAACGAGAAAGAGAAAAAGUCUCCAAACUCUGGGUCAAAGAGUAAGCCUGCAGACACCUCGUCCCCAGAGAAAGAGCCAAUGUCUAGGCACAGAAGCAGGGGUAAUUCUGAAGAAGAGGGCCCUAGCACCAGACGUGGGGGAUCCUCUGGGUCCUCCUCCUCCCGGAGGAGCAGGCGGGAUUCCACUCCUCCAUCAAAGCGUUUAAGGGGGCAUGAUGUUGAUCACAGGGUGAGCAAAAACUCACAGCCUUCAAGAAGUCACUCAAAAACAAGGACCGCUGAAAAGGAAAACAAUGAGGAACCGUUUCCAUUUAACAUUGAUGAGUUUGUGACCGUUGAUGAAGUAGGGGAUGAUGCAGAGGAGACUGGGGUCUCAAAUACUGAGUCAUCGGUCAAGGAUGAGAAGAUUAAGGAUAAACCCGAUUCCAACACUAUAGUCUCUCCUAUUGCGGAGUCAGAUUCAGCUGAUCAAACGAAACAAACCGACGACAUUGUUGGUUCUAAGAUAGGAAAACCUGAAGUUAUUGAAUGUGCAGAUAAAACAGAAGCCAGUAUUGAAGAAGCCACACCAGCUGUAGAAGAGCAAGAGUCUCAGGAAGAGAGUGCUGAUAAACCACUGGGAACUGAUAGGAUGGAAACUGCUGCUGAGAACGAGACAACAGAGCCUUGUACUGUAGCAGAAAGUGCUUCAUCAUCGAUGGACAGCAAUGUUGAGACCAUGAAAGAAGACCCUGACAUUGGGACCUUGGAUGAAUUCGUGCCAAGCAAGUCAGUUUCUUCCUCUCCUUCACAGAAGGAACCCUGCCCACCAACGUCUGCAGAAACUUUAGAGAAAUCAGACGAUUUACAUCCCGAGGAGCCUGAAACCUCUGCCCUAAUGAUGGACAAUAAUGUUGAGGCAACUCUGAACUCUGAAAGUCCAUCCCAUGAUGUGAUGGUCACUCUUGAUGAGGUCAGUGAGAUUGAGGAAGAUCUUCUCGAUGAAACAAAUGAGGAACAGCAUUCGAAGGCUGAUGAAGUGCCUGAGACACUUGUAACGGUUGAUGAGGUUGGAGAUGAUGAAAUGGGGUGUGAAGAAUACCAGUUGGACAAAGAACUUGAAGGCUUAGUUACAUUGGAUGAGAUUGUUGACGAAGAGGAGGAGUUUGAUUCAUUCAAUCCUGAGACUCUUGUAACCCUGGAUGAGGCCAAGGGUGACGAUGAGGAGAUUGAGGAAGUGGAGCAUAGUGAAGACAAGCCAACUACCCCAAGCACCACAACACCAAUCAUACCAGAAGAGCCUGUGAAAUCAGCAAGUCAAGAACAGCAUGCCUGUGACCUUGAAGAGCUCCACAAGAUGAACUUUGUAACUGUGGACGAAGUUGGAGAGGAGGAAGAGGAGCAACCACCCAGCGAAGAUGUCAAAGAGGUGAAACAAGUUAAAAAGAGAGCUACAAGGGCCAAAAAGAGAACUCCCCAGGCCCCAGUAAGGAGAUCCACAAGAGGUAAAAGAGGAGCGACAAAGAUGGCUGAAGAAGCAGAGGAGCCCGAGACACAUGUGGAGUGUGAACCAGAGGCAGGUGCUUCUGUAAGCGAGAGUCCUCCUGCAGCUGUCGAAUCCAUGGAUCUCGAUGUUAAGCCAGAAACGCAAAAGGCUGAAACCAUGAAAGUUCCUGAAUCAUCGACUGCAGAGGUCUCUUCAGGGCCAGAAGAGGACAGGACGAGAACUGAAGAUAAUGACAACUCUGCAAAGACAGAAAGUGAUCCUGUUGACACACCAGUCUUUGACAAAAAACCUUUAAUCCAAGAAGUGUCCAAGCAGCGGCAGGAGAAGGACCUGACUCAGGAACCAGAGGCUAAGAAAGCCCGAUCUGAUUCCCCUGUGAUUGAAGACUUCACCAUGCCGCCGUUUAACCCAAACAAACCCGUUGGGCUUGAUUUUGUGGUACCCAAGAUGGGUUUCUUCUGCAGAGUCUGCUCUCUAUUCUAUGGCAAUGAGGAAACUACUAAGAGAAGUCACUGUUGUACCCUAAAGCAUUACCAGAACAUGGAGAAUUACUACAAGAAUCUCAAGUCUCAGAAGCAGGGUGAUUGCUCAACACAGACAACACCCAGUCAUAGUUAUGCUUCUUCUGAAUAGCCCUUGCUAAAAGGUUUUUGUUUUUUGUUAACAGAUGGGUCCAAUUGUUUGCUGUAAAGUUUUAUUAAUUUUUCUUGUUUAGAAUGAAAUGCUUUGGCUUGUGCUAAAUAAAGGUAACAUAUAAUCA